AUGCCGAUCGACUCUUUCGCUGGGCCUUCCUGCAAGGAUCUGGUCGAAUUCAUGAAGAGUGUUAAGAACAUUCCCGCAAAGCACAAGGAUGGCUUCGAAGGCAUGUCAAAGAAGGCGAUCGAAACUGUGUGCGAUAUUGAUGCGCUGCAUAUAUGGGAGAGCGGCGAUGAUAUCGAUGACUUCUUGCACCUGACGCAGGUCAUCGUCAAGCUCAAAAUUGAGACGGAGAAGCACGAGGGCAGGCGAAAGAAGGAGCCAGCUAUGGUCAUCAUUUCUUCGGAGCAAGCGGCAGGAAGGAACGGAGGAGAUGGUUUCGAGCGAAUCUGCGAGGUAGUCCGCAAUUUGUUGAUGUCCGGCGGAAAGAAGCACCUCAAUGACACAGUGUGCGCAUUCGGCGCAGUUGUCGUCGUCCGCGGCAUCGACUACACUUCCUCGAGCGAUAACAAAGCCGCCGUAAAGCGCAUCAACACUGCCAUCGAGCGAGUAUUCAAGAUGCAGCGCCCCGGUGUCAAACAGGUCGUCUGGCACCACGGCCCCAUCCUCUCCCUCCUCCUCACUUGGAUCGACAACACGACCUCGGACCUCCGCACCGCUCUCACAGCUAUCAGUGUAACCGCUGCGCUCGACCUCACUUCCGGCGUCAAGCCUUCGCCCCUGGGCAAACCCAACAAGCAGGCCGACCUCCAAACCCUCGAAGACUACGCGAAGCGUCUCGACAUCCCCGUCGUCUUCGUCGACCCCACCUCCCAACUCAUUUCGUACGAGUACCUCGCGACCUACAUGUACUACUGGGCGUACUACAUCCACAUAUUCCUCCCCUCUUCCAUCCUCCGCCCACAUUUCUACGCCGCCCUCGACGCCCUCGUGACAUUCUGCUUCCGGCUCCGCGGCGCGAGCGACUCUACCUACGGCACCUCCGCUGUGCGUAUGGUGAAGGAACACCUCUCCGCUUCCACUGCGCGCCCCUGGGCUCGCACUUGCAUCGACGCGUCUUUCUACACCAAAGAGCUCUGCCGCGGCACCGCCACCGACGCCCAGAUCCACAACGCAGUCCAGCUCGCCGAUUCUCCCUUUUCCCUCCUCAAUCCCACAGCUGGAUAUCCGCUCCCCGCGUUCGCCCGCCUGCCGCUGUGCCCGUCGGACAACCCAGGUGAGACUACGGGCAAGGCGUACAUCGCCGCCCGCGUGUCCUUCACACUCCUAACCUGCACAUUCCGCGCUUCGUCGUCGUCUCCCUUCUACAUCCUUCUCCCGCGCGAGGGGCGGGACGUCGACAGGGUCACCGCCUGGAUACAAGGCAGUAUGAUGGGCGUGCUGGAGCGGCUGCGCAGGGACAAGGGCAAGGACGCCGUGCGCAUCGACAACAAGGAAACGCACAUGUAUGCCGAGGUUACAAAAGCGUGUAAGUGGGCGCUGGACGGGUGUAGGGGGAAGAUGCCGGAGGGGGUCGAGGGGAAGGUGAAGUUCGUGCGAGAGAAGGUGAAGAGGGGGACGUUUUGCUAUGUCAGCGGGAUGGUGAAGGAGGCACAGGUCGAGAGGUCCAGGUCCAGGAGGAGGAGUAGGUCUGCUGGAGGGUGGUAG